UCCAUCCUCUAGCACCCGUUCCUCUGCUCUCCUCGAGAGCUCGGAAGGGCAAUCUCCACGUAUAGAGCUAGCUAGACCUAGCUAGAUACCAUACCAUGGCCAUGGCUAUCUCCUCCCUUCUUCGUCCUUGGCCUCUUGCCAUGGCGGCCCUGAUGGUGCUCAUCAUCCAAGCGCAAGGCAUCACCAGACACUACGAUUUCAACGUGCAAAUGGCGAACGUGACGAGGCUGUGCGGCACCAAGAGCAUCGUGACGGUGAACGGGCAGUUCCCAGGGCCGGAGCUCAUCGCCAGGGAGGGCGACCGCGUCCACGUCCGCGUCACCAACCACGUCGCGCACAACAUGUCCAUUCACUGGCACGGCAUCCGGCAGCUACAGACGGGCUGGGCGGAUGGGCCAGCGUACGUCACGCAGUGCCCUAUCCAAACGGGCCAGACCUACGUCUACAAGUUCACCGUCACCGGGCAGCGCGGCACGCUGUGGUGGCACGCGCACAUCUCCUGGUUCCGCGCCACCGUCUACGGCGCCAUCGUCAUCCUCCCCAAGCUCGGCGUGCCCUACCCGUUCCCCGCGCCGCACGAGGAGGUGCCCGUCAUCUUCGGCGAGUGGUGGGCGGCGGACACGGAGGACAUCAUGAGCAAGGCGCUCAAGGUCGGCGGAGCGCCCAAUAUCUCCGACGCUUACACCAUUAACGGGCUUCCCGGCCCGCUCUACAACUGCUCAGCCAAAGAUACGUUCAAGCUGAAGGUCACGCCAGGGAAGACGUACCUGCUGCGCCUCAUCAACGCCGCGCUCAACGACGAGCUCUUCUUCUCCGUCGCCAACCACACCCUCACCGUCGUCGAGGUCGACGCCGUCUACGUCAAGCCGUUCACUGUCAAGACCCUGGUCAUCUCCCCGGGCAUGACCACCAACGUCCUCCUCACCACCAAGCCGGUGUACCCCAACGCCAACUUCUACAUGGCCGCCGCGCCCUACUCCGUCAUCCGCCCGGGUACCUACGACAACACCACCGUCGCCGGCAUCCUCGAGUACCACAAACCAGGCUCACCUUCUACGCCAAGCUUGGACAAAACCUUGCCGCUCUUCAAGCCGACCCUGCCGUUCUUCAACGACACCAAAUUCGUCACCAGCUUCACGACCAAGCUCCUCAGCCUCGCCAGCAAGCAGUACCCGGCGGCGGUGCAGCAGUCGGUGGACAGGCGGUUCUUCUUUACGAUCGGGCUGGGCACGCUCCCGUGCCCCAAGAACAUGACCUGCCAGGGGCCCAACGGCACGCAGUUCGCGGCCGCCGUGAACAACGUCUCCCUCGUGCUCCCGUCCAUGGCGCUCCUGCAGUCGCACUUCACCGGCCUGUCCAGGGGCGUCUACGCGUCCAACUUUCCGGCCAUGCCGCUGUCGCCGUUCAACUACACCGGGACGCCGCCGAACAACACGCACGUGGCCACGGGGACCAGGCUGCUCUCGCUGCCCUAUAACACCUCGGUGGAGUUGGUGAUGCAGGAUACCAGCGUUCUCGGGAUCGAGAGCCACCCCCUGCACCUUCACGGCUACAACUUCUUCGUGGUCGGGCAAGGGUUGGGCAACUAUGACCCCACGAACGACCCGGCCAAGUUCAACCUCGUCGACCCCGUCGAGCGGAACACCGUCGGCGUGCCGGCCGGUGGGUGGGUGGCCAUUCGCUUCCUUGCAGACAACCCAGGUGUGUGGUUCAUGCAUUGCCAUUUGGAGGUGCACACAACGUGGGGGCUGAGAAUGGCAUGGGCCGUGCAGGACGGGACCAAGCCGAACGAGAAGCUGCUUCCCCCGCCGUCCGAUAUGCCCAAGUGCUAGAUGUACCUGAUCGCAGCUGAUGAUGGAUUCUCCCCCGCCUUCGUUUUGAUUUGUUCGCUAAUUUGCGAUUGAUUUCUCCUGCAGGAGAAUUUAGCGUGUUUAGAAGUCUUGUUCAUAGCUGACCUUCUUACAUUUUUUUGUUUUUCUUAUUUCAUUUCUUUAAACUUUCCGUGAACCAUGUUUUGGUACUUGUUGAAUAAACAAUGAAGUGAAUUGCACGAGACAUGUGUGACCUCGA